ACACAGCGGUAAAUCCGCGAAGUCCCAGGCAGCCAUCUUCUCCUGGGCUGCAGCUUGCUUUGUGCUGAGAGUUCUUACCUUGCUUGUUCUAAAAACCCCUUCCAGGGGCCGGGGAUUUAGCUCAGUGGUUUCGCUGCCUGCUGCGCAAGCGCAAGGACCCGAGUUCGAUCCCCGGUACCAAAAACAAAACAAAACAAAUAAAUAAAAACCCCUUCGAAUUUGGAGUCGCUUUCUAGAGCAAUGAAGGCAGUGCUGGCCAAGGACCUGGAGCAGGACGCCAAGCUGGCCAAGAGGACACAUGCGGAGCUGUGCAAGCAGCAGCGGGUCUUCAACGCCAGGAACCGGAUCAUUGGGGGAGACACACAAGCCUGGGAUAUUCAGGUUCAUGACCAGAGGAUAAAAGAAGCAACUGAAAAAGCUAGGCAUGAAACCUUUGCUGCCGAAUUGAGGCAAAAUGACAAGGUCAUCUGCAUAUUAGACGACCGGGAGAAGAGAGAUAGAAAAUGUCUCUGCAGAGCUAUCAGUGACUUCCAACAGAACUGUCAGAAGCCAGAAACUCGCCGUGAGUUUGAUCUGUCUGACCCUCUAGCCCUUAAGAAAGAGCUUCCAGCCCGGCAGUCAGACAGUGACGUCCGGAACACAGUAUCAGGGAUGCAGAAGUUUAUGGGCGAGGACCUAAACUUCCAGGAGAGGAAGAAAUUCCAAGAAGAACAGAUGAGAGAAUGGUCCUUACAACAGCACAGGGAAUGGGAGAGGGCCCGUGCUGACCAGAAAUUUGCAGAGGACCACUACACACAGACCAGGCUGAACUUUGAUGAGACAGCCAGUCACCUGCAGAAGCUGGAAAGCAUCACCAGGAAGGCUGUCUGUGCAGCUGUGAAGGAGUUCAACAGGAAGCAGGCCAUGGAGUCAGCGGAAAGGAAAAGACAAGAGAAAAGACAAGAACAGGAGGACAACAUGGCUGAGAUCUCCAGCCAGCUGCGGGGAGACCUGCUCUCAGAGAACCCUCAGCAGGCAGCCAGCUCCUUUGGGCCUCACCGUGUGGUGCCAGACCGCUGGAAGGGGAUGAGCCGGGAGCAGCUAGAGGGCGUCCGUCUGGCCCAGAAGCAGCAGAUCCAGGAGAAGCUGCGGCUCCAGGAGGAAGCGCGCCAGCGGGACCUGGACUGGGACCGGCGGCGGGUACAGAAGGCCCGUGUUGCGCUGCUGGGUGAGCGGCGGCAGCAUCGCCAGCAGUGCGAGGACCGGAGGGCUCUGGACCGAAGCAACCUCCGUCUGGCCGCGGAGCAGCGUCUGCAGUGCGCGGGGCAUGGGUGGGCGAGGGGGCGGCAGAGAAGCAGUGCACCAAUAAAACGGGGUCCAGGGCUUUUUCCUUUAAAAAGACUAUUUAUAUUUAUUUAUAUUUAUAUUUAGGAAGCACAUGUGUUUGCUAAUUUUUUUUCUCUUUUUGUUGUUAGAAAGAAAUAUAUGGAUGAAAUCUGUGCAAAUCAACCCACGGCCGAUUAUUUUGCUCAAUUUAAUACAAGAAGUCGAUAAUGCAAAUGACAACCUCGGUUUAUGAAUAAAGCGUGGCCACCUUGAAGCA